GGAGGGGUCUGCAAUGACGCAGUAGCUCCCGCGCUCCGCUCGGUCUCUGUGCGCGCGCAGCCGGUAGAGGAGAGGACGGAGGCGACAUCUUGCCACAACUUCACUAAAACAUGUAUCCGAGCACACUGACCCAGCUGGCCCGGGGGAACCCCUUCAGCGCCCCGUUGUUCACGCUUCAGAAAGCCGUUGAACCGGAGACUCCCGUCCAGAAGCGUAGGCUCGCCGCCGCCGCGACCGCCGAGUCAGCUGAUAGCUGCGAGUUCGGCUCGGGGAAGUACUACGCCCUCUGCGGGUUCGGGGGCAUCUUGAGCUGUGGUAUUACACACACGGCCGUCGUGCCCCUCGACCUGGUCAAGUGCCGGCUCCAGGUGGAUCCAGCUAAAUACAAGAGCAUCUUCAAUGGGUUCUCGGUCACGAUCAGAGAGGACGGCGUGCGCGGCUUGGCCAAAGGUUGGGCGCCCACCUUCAUCGGAUACUCCAUGCAGGGGCUCUGCAAGUUCGGCUUCUACGAGGUGUUCAAGAUCCUGUACGGUGACCUGCUCGGAGAGGAAAACGCAUACUUGUGGAGAACCUCGCUGUAUCUGGCUGCUUCUGCCAGCGCUGAGUUCUUCGCAGACAUCGCUCUGGCCCCUAUGGAGGCGUGUAAAGUGCGAAUCCAGACUCAGCCGGGCUAUGCCAACACCCUGAGAGAAUGUGCCCCCAAGAUGUACGCCGAGGAAGGACUCUGGGCGUUCUACAAAGGUGUGGUUCCUCUGUGGAUGAGACAGAUCCCCUACACCAUGAUGAAGUUCGCCUGCUUCGAGCGCACCGUAGAGCUGCUCUACAAGCACGUGGUGCCCAAACCCCGCAGCGAAUGCUCCAAACCCGAACAGCUGGUCGUCACCUUCGUCGCUGGUUACAUCGCUGGUGUGUUCUGUGCCAUCGUGUCUCAUCCUGCUGACUCCGUCGUGUCCGUGUUGAACAAAGAGAAGGGAAGCACAGCUGUGCAAGUGCUCAAGAAGCUUGGACCAAAGGGUGUGUGGAAGGGACUCGUCGCCCGUAUCAUCAUGAUCGGUACCCUGACGGCCCUGCAGUGGUUCAUCUACGACUCGGUGAAGGUCUACUUCCGCCUGCCCCGCCCUCCUCCCCCCGAGAUGCCCGAGUCCCUCAAAAAGAAGCUCGGCCUCAUCGAGUAAACAGCCUCAUUUCCCCUCGACUCAGCCGAGCACUUCCUGUUUCCUGUAUUUAAGUCUGUCCUGAGCCCCGCCCACCUCUGACAUCAUGACGGUGAAGGGUAAACACGCCCCCUUCUCUGAGGAGAUCCAUGUCUAAAUAGUCUGUGUACAAAUGUUUAUGGCUUGAAUGAAUGCCGUCCGGUUUUAACCAGUAUAAUAAAAAGCUACCUGGAUAUUAUACACAAGAAAA